GACUCGCACCGCAAGCUAACUGGCGUGCCAAGUUUUCUUUGCGAGGCUUUUCUGUGCAAUUAUCAGCUCUCGACGUCCACGACCUGUUUAAUGAGAGUCGUGUUAAAGUGAAACUGCGAGGGAAGCAUGCCGAAGAAGUCGGAGGUGCAUCAGUUGUCCGCCUCCUUCUCGGAGGAGGCGAAGAAGCUCCGGAGGAUAGUUGUUUUUGACUGCCGCUUCGAAAACCUGGAGACCGUCGAGAAAAGGCUGGACACAAGCGGUUUGGACUAUAACGACUUUCUCCGGCUUGUGUCUAAGAAAUUUGCUAUCCCUCCAAAUGAAACCUUUGUCGUGACGACAACUGAUCGAAUGGUGUUGGAGUUUGACAGCUUUGCCAAACUUCAGGAUGGCAGCACCAUUGUCUUGCUGCAGAAGGAGAACCAAGUUUUGCCAGUUGCCACAGAGGAGCGCAUUGUGUUCCUCCCUCACUAUGAUACGAUGGUUCGCAGCGGCAUGUAUGAGUACUACGCCAGUGAGGGCCAGAAUUCCUUACCCUACGCACUCGCAGAAUUGGUUGACAAUUCACUCACAGCAACAGCCCGCAUCAAAGGAGUCAGGACGAUAGAGAUUCGAAUGCUGUUUGAUGAGACUCUUGGGAAACCUGCGGUGAUCGUCUUAGACAACGGGUGCGGAAUGACGUCAAAGCAGCUCAAUAACUGGGCAGUGUACCGUCUCUCCAAAUUCACCCGAGAAAACAGCAGCUUUGCAAGUGAUCGCGAGGCCUACGUCCGGCCGGAUCCUGUCCCUCGCAGUCUCAACAGCGACAUAUCCUACUUUGGAGUUGGAGGAAAACAAGCUGUUUUCUACAUGGGAGAAACAACCAGGAUGAUCAGCAAACCAGAAAACUCCCCGGACGUUCAUGAGCUGAUCCUGUCAAAAGAGGAGUUUGAGAGGAAAGAGAAAAACAAAGAGGAUAUUUACAGUGGCUUUAUCCGAAACAGGAAACCCGGUGACUUCUCACAUGUAACUCAAGAGGAUGAGCGUUUUCUCCGUGAGCUCAUUGAUGAGGAACCGGGCAAGGAAAGCUUCACAGCUGUGGUCAUCACAGGAAUUCGGCCUGAACAUAUCACCUUUCUCAAACAGGACUUCGAUUUGUGGACCCGAAAGCUGGCCCACGUAUAUCACUACUACAUUCAUGGAGUCAAUGGGAAUGAUAUGAGACCCUGCUAUGAAAAUUCAGACAACCUCCCUAACAUUGACAUUCAGAUCUUUUUGCGGGAGAAGCCUCCCAGAUGCCCUCGUGCGAUCAAUCUCAGGGAGAUUGACAAUGACAUGCAGACUCUGUACAUAAAUGCCACUGCUGACACAUUUGAGUUUAAGGCUUGCACUAAGUCACAUAGCACAGUAGAGGGAGUCCUGAGGUACCAUCCCUUCCUGUAUGACCGUGAGACCUACCCUAAGGAGACUGAUCCUGCACAGGCUUCUGUUGAAGAUGAUGAUGAAAAAGAGUCCGGCGUCCAGGAUCAAGCAAGGGGGAAGAGGCCCAUAUUUGAUUGUUACUGGAAUGGACGGCUGAUACCUUACACCACAGUGUCUGAGUUUGACUGGUGUGCUCGGCCCAAGAGAGGAGCGCCCGUGGCUCCCGAGUGUUACAGUCGGUUCUCGGGGGUGCUCUUCACUGACGACAGAUUCAAGGUCACCACCAACAAGCUCACCUUCAUGGACCUGGAGCUGCAGCUGAAGAACAAGGACACCAUCUUCACACGCGUUGUUAAUGGACAGGAACAAAGAGUUAAAAUUCAGAGGGAGUUCACACAGUGGCUGAAGACCUGCCAUGAGAAGUUGGACAAACAAGUGCAGUUUCUUGGCUUCAAUGAGAUCAUAACACGGACAGAUGGGGUCCCUAAGAGGAUGCAGUAUCCCUGGUCGACCUUCUCUUCCAUCGAAUGGGACGGCAAAACAUUUAAAACGGGCCAAUACGUGAAAUCUCAGAACACUCAGCCCAUUUUCAAUGGGUCCGUGGUGCGGUUCAUGCUAUAUGGAGAUCAUAGUGGUGAUGUGUUUGCCACAGGGGGACAGGUCGAAAUAGCACUGGAACCAAAAGAGCUUUAUGACAUGACCAGGACCAUCCCCAUAUCCAAGAUUGACCGGACCACCACCACUGCAGCCAUCAAGAGAAGCAUCCAUGACGAGUUGGCAAAGCUUCCUGAUAAGCUGAAUUUGGGCUGGCCGGAGAGCAACGCCUGGUCACAGAACGCUGUGCGUCCGGCAGGGACUCCACUAGGACCUAUCACUGUAGACAUUUUGAACAAGAAAGGGGAGCUGAUAUCCAAGUUGCCAUCUGCGAACCAGGGAAAUGUGAAAAAACUCACGGUUGAACUCAAAUUACUCUGGCAUGGUCCGACUGGCAAUCAGGAGAUAAUCUCUUGCGUCGCCCAGCACGCAGCAAAGUGGCAUUACUGGUUCAAACCCAUAGCGUCUCUGAACAAGUUGGGGAAGUACACACUCAGUCUGAAUGCCUUGGUUAAUGAAAGUCAUUCCUUUGGUGGAAAACAGCUCCCAAGCUACAAGCUCCAUUUCACCAUCACAGAGGGUAAUGCCACGACGUUUGUCGUGGGUGCAGUGAGCUCUCCCCUUCAUGUCGGGGUGCCGUUUGACAUCCCACUGGAGCUCCGGGACGCACACGACCACCCAGCUCAGCCCCCUCCUGAUCUCAAGCCUGUACUUGAAUGCAGUGGCCUGAAUGUGAGUUACAGGGGAACGAACACCACUCGGACCACUUUGACCAUCAAAGAUGUCAAAGCAUUGGGAAAAGUGAAGAAUUACCACUCUAAGACACAUGACCUGAAAGUGGUCUUACCCGGCCUCACGCCAGACUCACAGAUUGUCAAGAUCAGUCUUCUCCCUGGAAAUCCACAUUCGCUCCACGUGACACCAGAUCAUAGCCCAGUCAAAGUGGAGAAUGGAAACUCUUUCAGCUUCAACGUGGAAGUUCACGAUGAAGCCGGAAACAUCACAGCUCAACCCAAACUGGUGGUUCGCUGCCAGGUGCAAGACCUUCCAGUGGUGGUCGCUGACUGCAGCCGCACUGGAGCUGGGCCCCUAGCGAUAAAGCCAAUAAACCUGAAAAAUAUGAAUGGAAAUGAGUGUAUACUCAGAGUUAAAUUUGACAUGCCUGGUCAGAAGCACAUAGCUGCGGUCCUGAGGGAGCUGAAGGUGGUGCCCAGCACGCGGGUCUCCCGGAUCGAGGUCUACACCCAGACAGAUGACUGUCUGGUGCUCAAGGACAAGGACAAGAUAGAAUGGGAGGCUGGAGACUUGAUCAGUAACCUGUACUACAAACUGUUAGAUGAGGGUGGCAAGGAGGUUCCUCUCACUGCUAAAAUAGCCUCCAUGAUCAAGGUUAACUGGACAGCAGAUGGAAGUGUGGCGGAUCUGGUUCAGGGGAAGCUGCCAGAUGUGCAGGUGCCGAAGCAGGUGCAGGGUGAGCACUUCUACCAGGUGUCUUUCCAAGACCAACACGUGUCUGUGAACACCUCCUUUACUAUAGUGCCUCGUCCAGAUGAGCCAAAACACCUGAAAGUCACACCGAGUCAAAGCACAGUUAGGAUGGGGGAAUUCCUACCAGGACAGAUCACCUUAGCCCUCACGGACCAGUAUGGCAACCUCACCAAGACGCUAACCCCCACCUGUGUCGACAACGUCACCGUGGAAGCCGAGGGUCUGGACAAGUCAGCUGUAGCUGUCACAUGGCAGGAGAGCAGCUGCUCUGUUGUGGUGACGGGAGUGCGGUUCAAGUCUGGGACCCUUGGCAUCAGAGAGCUGUGCUUCACCUGCCGAGGCUUUGUGGCGCAAGUCAGCAUCAAAGUGACUGCGGGACUCCCCGCGCAGCUCACUCUUGUCAGUGGGCCAGAGCAGCCCUUGCAGGUGUUAAAUGAGCAUGGCAUUCCCACACCUUUCAUCAUCCAGCUGUGUGACCAGUUUGGAAACCCCUCUCCUGACCAGAGGGUUGUGGUGGCACUGAAGUCCUCAUCCAAAGCACUGAGGGUGGAGACCACUGUUACUUCACAACCAGUAGACCAAGAGGGAAAAGCCUCUUUCACUGUUUCAAGUGUGAGCGGACCAAAGGGCAACUAUGAGCUGGAGUUCAGAGGGUCCUUCAACAAGAAACCCAUCCGUGGUCCCAUGGUGAAACUCAUCGUCAUCCCUGAUCCCAACAAGCCUGUCAGCCUGACAGUGAAGUAUGACACCAACGCCAAGCUUCCUGCAGGAGGAAUCCUCCCAGUGUUUUCAGUCACUGUGGUGUCAGAUGAAGGUAGCCCAAUCAGGGGUUUUAACCCCGGUGCUGCGCUCAUGUGGCUGUGGAAGGGAGUGGCAACGGGGAAAGAGCCGCCACAAGAAGAGGUCACUCGUCUUAUGUGCAGUAAACCCAAGAAGAAUGAAGAGGAUGAUUGUCUUCACUUUAGAGAUAAAAGCAUCCCAGAUCAUGCUGGAAAAUACACCAUCCAGUUUGCUCUAAAUUUAGGCCAAAGAAAUAUCCUGUUGAGUGAGCAGUAUGAAAUAAACGUGGUGGCCAAUGAACCUUUCAAACUGGCCCCCGAUAUUCAGCCACAAACCCCAGCUGUUUCCAACACUGAUGACAUUGCUCACCGUACCUUGGUGAAGAAUAUGACUCUGACAAUAACGGAUACGUAUGGUAACGCAGCAGGGCUGGAACUACAGGGGAAGGUAGUGGUUUCAAUAAGGAACCCAAAUGGCGGCAGUAACCAAGAUCUCCCUCAGUUUCAAGACAACACCAGUACCCUCAUAUUGAGCCUGGAGGAAGGAAAGGUCCACAUCGAUAGGCUGGCUGUCAUGCAGAACAGCCCUGGCCACGAUGGCGGUGUGUAUGUCCUGCACUUCAAACCUGAAGUCCCCAAGUAUCCCACACUGGCUCCUUUUGAGCUCUCCUUUGGUUUUUACAAUGAUGCAGAGAACCAACAGAACAUGUCCAAACUGUCCAAGAAGAAGGACGAGCUGUCCCACGCUAUUGCUGUUUACAAAGAAAUCUUUAACACAAACAAGGAACUUCUUGAUUUGCUGACAUCCCGACACCAAGAUGCAAGUAAUAAAGAGGGAAUCCUUAAAACUGAGCUUGGGAAAAGAAACAUCAGGGUGACACAACUGACAUCUAUCACAGAUAUUGACAAAGUCCUAAAUGAGAAGACUGCUGAAAUGGACAGGCUCAGGAACGCGCCUAGAAGAGUCUGCACUAUUGCUGAUCCCUUCAGGGGGCACCACGAUGUUUUAGGAAAGGUUGGCCACCUGGCCCUGGUGGAGGACGAUGCCGCUGCUGUGGUUAUCUCCUGGCACAUCAGGGGCGACAUGGAUUGUGUUAUCACCAGGACAACAGAUGCAGCACGGAGGAUCUACAACGACACCAGCGGCAAGCAGCAGGUCAUGCCCCUCGAAACCAUAUACCGGAAUCAAAGCAACAGACCCAUGCCCCACAUGAGAAAUGGCCGGUGUCUGUUUGCCCCAGUUGGGAACCCGGUGCGCGCCAGAGACCUCCUGAUAUACCCCGAGAAUGCAGAGUGCUGUGACAUAGUGUUCAGAACCAUUCUGGGAGACACUAUUUUGAUGGAUAACCUGGACUCGGCAAACAACUACAGAAAGGCGGUGGUGCAGCAAAACAUACCGUGUCCCACCAUCCUGACCAGGCAGGGGGAGAGGAUAAGUGCCAUGGGCAAGUUUGGGGGCGCACAGAACCGAGCCCCUUCCAUUGAGAGAUUACAGGGCCUCGUGUUUGGGGCGCCUCCCCCGCAGCAGUACCACACCUUAAGUGAACAAAUAGCUAUGCUCCAUCAGUAUCGGGCGGCUCUGCAGAACAAAAACCUUACCAGAAAGGAGCGUGACAACCACAUGAAAAAACUGAAGGCGCCUGAUAUGGUGCAAAAGGAGGUAGAUAUGGAGGAAAAUUUGAAGCAAUUGGAGGAGAUCAACAGACAGCUCGCGAGCACCUCUCUAAUGAGACAAAUGAAACGCGGUAUUGAAGAUGCUGGAGCGCCAUCACACAUCUCGAGCAAGAGACCGAGGAGAUCCAGAGAUCCUUCGCAUCUCAGCAUUUGAGCAUCAGCCAAUGUUGUUUCAUUUUAUUUUAUUUUGUUUUGUGUCAAAUUAUGUAUGAAUGUUCACUAAAUGUGUACCUAUAAUGAGAAUUUUGAUUUGUACAAUUUUAUUUAUGUACUGUACUUUUUUAUAUACUUAUAUUUAAUCUUGUAUGCAGUUUAGGAGGUUCUGCUUUUGUACUUUUGAUCAUUUGUCUUGUUCUCUGUGGCAUGGUAUUAUUUCCAUAAAUUGUAUACUUUGUAUAUCAGACAAAAUACAUUUUACUAUGGACUCUCUUGACUUGACUUUUAAAUUUUAUGCCCCUCCCAAUGGGUGUAGAUCAUUUCUCUAGAGCAGAGGUCUUCAACAUGGGGUCUGCAGUGUGUUUUCAGGUGAUCAUUUCUCCCCUGUGAUAAGACCAAUUGGAUUUGUGAGUUAUACUGUUGGAAUGCCAGUCCCCUUUACAAUAGGGUAUAACUGUAAGGAUGAGGCAACACCGCUAAACAAGUGGGAAGCACAAUAAGCCAUAUGCUGUCAAUUAAG